AUGAGUGUCUUGACUCAGGUCUCUCACUGCCUUGACCACCAGCGGGUCAAGCCCAACAGCACUGUCGCCCAGCUAUUCAUUGACAAUGUCCGUCGACAACCGAAGUCGCCUGCUGUUAUCGAUAUCGACUCAGUGAUCACCUAUGAAGAAUUACAUAUCUGUGCAAUAUCCCUGGCCUUCCAAUUACGAAGAAAUGCAUACGCCCUAGAAGAGCCGACAGGAGUCUUGGUCAGCCCCGGAUCAUGGAAUGUUAUCAUCCAGUUAGCAGUGAUGUAUGCUGGUGGAACGCUAGUACCCGUCUAUCCAGAUGAGAGUGAUGAGAAGAUACAGUGCAAGCUGGCUGGUGCUGGGGUGGAAUAUCUGAUCGUGGAUGAACCAAACAAGUCCCGCCUGCCUAUGUUUACAUGUAUCCCGGUAAGUGACCGGGGUACACUCCUUUCCUCAGUGCAAAUCGAUGGACUAGAGGGACAAAUCCCAGUUACGACAACACUCCACCACCGAACCCACAUCCUGUUCACUUCAGGUACAACAGGAGAACCCAAAGGGGUUCAAAUAUCAGCACGCUCUCUGCUCCACAUUAUCCAUCACAUACCCACCAGCCCACUCGAGCCCUCGGAUAUCAUGGCACACUAUAUCCCCACAACAUUCGACUAUACACUCGUCGAAAUCUUCGCGCCGUUGAUUGUGGGGGCGCAGAUUGCUAUCCUGCCGUACGGUGAUGCCUUUGACGGGCGUACUCUGGAAGCAACACUGCGAAAGCAGGGUGUCACCGUCAUGAUCAUUGUGACUGCCUUACUCAACAUCGUCUCUUUCACCAACCCAGGAGCCUUUUCAACGUUGAGAAUGGUCCUUUUCGGUGGCGAUGCCGCUAGUCCCAAGGCUGUUGCCAGACUGCUCGGAAGCGGCGCGGCACCCACUCGAUUAAUCAAUGCCUAUGGUCCUACUGAAACAUGUUGCUGGUCUCUUACACACGAACUUUCGAUGAAAGACACUCAUUCUGAGCCUGUGAGCAUUGGACAACCGACCGGAGAUACAGUUGCGCAUAUCCUUGACGAUGCAUUUCAGCCUGUCCCCGAUGGAGAAAUUGGAGAGCUUUUUAUAGGUGGGUCGGGGCUCUCGCUGGGAUAUAUGAACGACCAGGAGAAGAACUCGACAUCUUUUAUCAACAUCAAAGACCCCCAAGGGUUAGAUUCAAUAACUCGUUUCUACCGGACAGGGGACCUUGUUCGACGCAAUGCUUCAUCUGGACAAGUUUACUACCUUGGCCGACAGGACCAUCAAGUUACCAUUUUUACCAUGCGGAUUGAGCUAGCUGCAGUGAAAGCAGCACUCAUGAAGACCGGCCGAUUUGCGGACGCGGUGGCACUGGCAAUCGACUCUCCAAUCAAAGAAAUGGGCAAACUACUAGUUGCAUAUGUAAUCCCUGCAGAGGAUAUCGCGAACGAUAAAGUUUUGGAUGGAAUUGAGGGCGCCCUGGCACCGUAUCUUCCACACACGGAGGCUAUGCCACACAUCAAAGUCAUCGAUCGCUUCCCCCUCAAUGUUCACUUCAAGGUCGAUCGUAAAGCUCUUUCUCGAAGAUAUCUUGCAACAUGGAAUUCAUACAUGCAGGGAAAUGACAAUGAUACUGCUCGCACAACAGAGCAGAAGCUUGCUUAUAUAUGGGCUGGCGUUCUAGCCAUGCCAACCGUUAAAUUUACCAGCGAGGAUAAUUUCUUCGCGUUUAUUCGCAGUGAGUUUCAGGGAGCAUAUCUCCUACAGCAGAUCCAGCUUGCUUUUGGUAUCAAUGUUUUCCUCCACGAGCUACAGGCGAGUCCUACUCUAUGUACGAUGGCUGGCUUGAUCGACAGAACUUUGGUGACGUGA